CACAAGGGUGAAUUGCUCCUGGAUCUGGAUGCGGGCAUCCUUUCAAUGAUUCCGCACUGUGGUUCGUGUCUGUGUUGUAUUCACUUCAUGGGAUAGGCAAUGCUCUGUGUCUUGGCAUUACAAUCUUCAGCUGCUGCUCGUCUGGUUGAUCGGAAAAUGUAGUCAUUCAAUGUGACAUUAGCCUACUUCUAUGCUGUGUUCAGAUUAUUACUCUGGUCCUAGACGCAGAUCAGCAAUUCUGUGAAAAGAUGUUGAGCCGAAUAAUGAGUGGCAGUAUCCGGAAUCUGGAUAGAGAAUACGACUGCACCGUCAGACUCCUGGAUGAUACGGAAUAUACCUGCACAAUUCAGCGGGAUGCUAAAGGACAGUAUCUGUUCGACCUGAUCUGCCACCACCUGAACCUACUGGAGAAGGACUACUUUGGCAUCAGAUAUGUGGACCCAGACAAGCAGCGGCAUUGGUUGGAGGUCACAAAGUGUAUUGCCAAGCAGAUGAAAUAUCAAGAUUCUCCAUUUGACUCCCAGCCUCCGUUCACCAUGUGUCUCAGAGUCAAAUUUUACCCUCCUGAUCCCGCUGCUCUCAAAGAGGAAAUAACCAGAUAUUUAGUCUUCCUGCAGAUCAAGAGAGAUCUGUACCACGGCCGCCUCCUGUGUAAGACAUCGGAUGCUGCCAUGCUGGCUGCCUUCAUCCUGCAAGCUGAGAUUGGGGACUAUGACCCUGGGAAACAUCCUGAAGGAUACAGCUCUAAAUUCCAGUUUUUUCCAAAACAUUCAGAGAAGCUGGAGAGACGAAUCUCAGAUAUACACAAGACAGAACUGAUUGGCCAGACACCUGAAACAUCAGAGCUGAACUUCCUCCAGAAAGCCCAGAUGCUGGAGACAUAUGGUGUGGAUCCUCAUCCAUGCAAGGAUGUAUCUGGAAAUCCAGCCUUUCUUGCCUUCACCCCGUUUGGAUUUGUCGUGCUUCAGGGAAAUAAGAGGGUUCAUUUCCUCAAGUGGAACGAGGUGACCAAACUGAAGUUCGAGGGAAAGAUAUUCCAUAUAUAUGCAAAUCAGAAGGAGGAUAAAAAGAUCAUCUUGACGUACUUUGCACCAACACCUGAGGCCUGCAAGCACCUGUGGAAAUGUGGAGUGGAGAACCAAGCCUUCUACAAGCUGGAGAAGUCGAGUCAGGUGCGGACAGUGUCCAGCAGCAACCUGUUCUUCAAGGGGAGUCGUUUCCGCUACAGUGGACGAGUAGCGAAAGAAGUAAUGGAGCAGAGUGCCAAAAUCAAACGAGAGCCUCCAGAAAUACACAGGGCUGGCCUGGUUCCCAGUAGAAGCUGUCCGUCCAUCACUCAUGGCCCACGCCUCACCAGUGUUCCACGUACCCGCCGGAGAGCCGUCCACAUAUCCAUCAUGGAGGGUCUGGAGUCGUUGCGUGACAGUGCCCACUCUACGCCUGUGCGCUCUGUGUCCCAUGGGGACUCCUUCAUGCCGCGCUCCCGCAGCCUGGCCACGAACGCCAGCGAGGGCUCGGCGGUGAUCUCUGACGAGGCCUACAGCCCCUCUGACAGCGUGCUGCCCACCCCCGUGGCAGAGCACAGCCUGGAGUUGGCCGUGGCACGCCAGGUCAAUGGAGCCCCCUGCAGCAUCGAGGAGGAGAAGGAGUCGGAGGCGGGCACCCCCUCGGUGGGGGAUGCAGGCGACUUGGCAGACAGUAGAGCGGCGGUAGAGGGUGCAGGGGGGGCCUCGUCGCUCAGCGAAGUGGAACAGGUGAAUAAGUUUGUUUUAAGUGUCCUCCGUUUGCUCCUUGUGACCAUUGGACUCCUCUUUGUCUUGCUCCUCCUCCUCAUCGUCCUCACCGAAUCCGACCUUGACGUUGCAUUUUUACGUGAUAUCCGCCAGACCCCCGAAUUUGAGCAGUUCCAUUACGAAUACUUUUGUCCCCUCAGGCGGUGGUUUGCCUGCAAGCUCCGCUGGGCAGGCAGUUUGCUCAUUAACAAAUGAGAGAGAGAGUGAGGCCGUAGAGUGCGUAAGCCCAUUCGGGGGUUUGAGAAGACGAUUAAGGCUCCGGAGAGAUGGAGGGCUGCCCCGUCCCAACCAUGAACCCAGCUUCUCUCAUGAUACUCCCGCUGACAUACACCUCGGACCACUCCUGGAAUCACUGUGCCAGGAGUUUCUCUCUCUCUCCCUCCAUUUUGAGUUACUCCCCCUUUUUUCCCUUUACGUUAGUUUCUUUUUUACAAAGCCAGAAGACAUGUUAGCAUUUUUUUUUAUUUCAGGUAUUUUAUUUUUUCAAAAAAUAUAAACAAAAAAAUAUGAAACUGAAAUCAAAGAACUGAAGUAUUUUUAGAACUUUACUUUUUAGGAAGUUGACAUUUUGUUGCAACGAAUGAAAGUUGCCUUAAUUUACUAUUUACUGUUUGGAACAUAAAGCAUUUGCAUACGAGAGGAAUGUGGUGCAAGGAUAUCAGGAAAGCCAUUGAAAUGGUUCAGAACGAAGUGAGCUAGAUACAGUUUUGAAAACAUCCAUCCCCGUCAAUACAUCUAUAAUGGUUUUCAUUGGAUGGUCAUCGAUCAGAACACCUUAUGUGAGGGAAAUUAGAGCAAUGUUCAUUGUGUCUGUCAAAGUGCAAGUUAUUGAAAUUGAGUAAGUCAGGAUGAUUACCAAAUGCCUUUUAUGAAGAAAAAAGUAGAUGAUAUGAAGACUGUUUUGAAUUUGGCUGAUUGUUUUAAAGUUAUACUUUAGUGGAAAUGCAACUACUGUACGUGUAUAAAGUAGAAGCUGUGAAGUUGAAAUCCAUUUGUUAAAGUUUUAUAAAGGAUACAGUUAAAUAAACCAGUAAUCAUGGUGUUUUGUGACCCCAUCGUGUCAGUAGCUGUUAAAAGUGUUGAUGAUCAACCUCUUCAAAACACUCACUAGCACCAAUAGAACCAGUCUAGGUAGAUGUCGGUAGGUAGGUCGCAGUUGUAAAUGAGAACUUGUUCUCAACUGGCUUACCUGGUUAAAUAAAGGUUAAAUAAAAAAAAAAAAAAUAAAAAAGUGCAAUACUCUUAUGGUUAAAUACUUCAGUACUUUUGAAUGAGUGCAUUUGUUUUGUCAUAUUUCUUAAUUUAGUUUGAUCUACAUUUCUGGAUUAUGUUAAGCUCUGAUGAAAUUUAAGGAUUUCUUUGUAUAAUGAAUUUAUGGUUUAUUUUAGUUACAUAUCAACCUUGCUCUUAAGUUUGUGUAUAUCAUACUAAAAUUAAUUGUUAGCAUAAGAAUUACAAUGAUGUACUUUUUGUACAAAGUAGUUUGUUUCCUAAUAUAUUGACAGUUUUUCCAUGUAUAUUUUAACAGAACUGAAAUGUUAUUUUGUUAUUGAAGAUUAAAUUAUACAUUUUUUUAGCUGUAUUUCAAGUGAGGUCUAGCAUUUAUGGACAUAUUGGAAGGGGGGGGGGUUGACUCAGAAACAGGUAUUAUAUCCAGAUCCACUGACUCCCCACAGAUCACACCUCUCUCACUCCACCAGCAAUGAAGCAUCAGUCACUGUAUGCAUGCUUUUUAGAAGUCAAGACAACUAUUUCCAAUGCCCACUAUGGGCCAGGAAGGCACAACAGAUGGUGGAGGAACAAUACAUAUUUUAGAAAGUAGACUGGACUACAAUACCAACAGAAAACGUAUAGUCAGUCCAAAGACAUGUUUUCAUGCCUGUAAACAUCACAACAAAUGCAGAUAGUCAAUAGUUUUCCAGCGUUUGAGAGGUGACUGUGCACUCUUCUGCCUCAUAGCUCAAAGGAGCAAUAAUUCUGCUGUCAUGGCUGCUGGAUUCUGGGUAAUAUCUGUUUUUGUGUUUUUGUCUACCUACUCUACUGUACCUGGUGCAGGUGUGAGUGUGUUUGUGUGUCUGUAUGUAGGAAUGUAACAAACUUCAAGCUGAUAAUGUGAAGUUUUGACUGAGAAAAAUAUGGUCUUAUUUUUGAAAAGGGAGAAUAAAAGAGAGAUUGAAAAGAAAGAGAUUGAGUGAGAAAGAGGUAGAGGUACAAGGGAUGUCAGAAGAGAUGAGCAAUGAGGAACUGGUAAGUGACCAGCCUCGCAUGAAAGUAUGAGUAUAGUCAAAGGGGAAUGCAUAUGUGAGCACUUGGUGCUUGUGACUCAAUUGGCAGUACAGCCAUGCCUGUUUUGGCCUGUUAUUUAACACCAUUACCUCCACACACCUGCUCCAUGCUCUGAUCCCCCAGCGGUGCUGCUGCCUGCUCUGCCCUGGGGAGCCCAGCCUGGGCCCAUGGAAGCAGAGCACUGUAGCCCCUGGCCCUGAGUGUAGUCUGUCUCCCAACAGCACCCUGCUAGUUGAGGUAGACCCAGCAAGGAAGACACUACAGCAUACUGUAGACCCAUCAGUACAAUGGCUGCAUGUCUACUGUAGUUCUUAACCCUCCAUCAACAGGUUGGAGCCCAAACAUCUGCGAUGAUAAAUAUCCAUGUUUAUGGCAAAGGGGUGGUAAAAGCAGCCUUUAGUAGCAAAUCUGGUGUAGUAACAGUUAUAUACCGUAUAAAAUUCCUGAGUCAAAUAUGCAUGCUCCCUAUGCUAGUAUAGCAUGCACUUCCAAUGAACAGCAGAUACAAGGAUGGAGGACGACUUGAAAGGUUGAAUUUGUCUGUACCUGGAUGAGGAGUGUAGAUCCGAUAUGCAAGAUAACGGUACUGUUUCAUUGUUUUAUGCAUUCAUAUUUAUUAUUUAUUACUUGCGAAUGCUAAAUACUGUAAAGGUCAACAGGACAGUAGGCAGAGUAUGUUAGUGUUACUUCUUAAAGGUCAGGGAACUGGAAGAGCAAAAAGUAAGGAAAUGUCAAUUGAUGGUCUACGUUCGUAUACAUUAGCAUUAUGUAGCUUCAAUGGUCUUUCCAAGCAUGCAACAAUUAAGGCAGCAUCAUUCAAUGAGCAAUAAGCAGUCAAAUUGUAAGAGCAAAUGGACAUAGAAAUCUAAACAGAAGUCUUACACUGGAUAUUGUGCUGUUGGUUUUUUCAGUGUCAAAAAUCAGUUUACUGUCACUGUAUCUACAAUACCAACAAGAGCUCAUGGUAUGCUCCUUUUCCUUUUUUAUAAAAACAGUAAUAAUGUGAAGAAAAAUACAGUUAUCAUUAUUAGUAGUAUUUACCACAUUUUAUAGAUAGUGUUUCUUUCAUUGUUAGCGCUCUUGUUGGGAUGUUGGCCUUCAAAGUUUUGUUCAACAGUACUUCAAUGUGACCGAAGCGUCUUUCCCUGUGCCUGGAAUCUUUAGUACCUAACAGCUCUGCAUUUUACAAAAGGGGCAAAUGAGUGAAUGGACAGAGACAUAUAUUCAGUGCAUCCUCCUCAUAAAGUAUGGACUACCCUUUAAUUUCACAGACUCAAAGGAAAACACUGCUUGUUGUGUAGCUUUGACUUCCCAUACUGUAGAUGUUGUGUUAAUAUAGGGUGGUGGUUACUGAUCCCAUGUCAUGUUGUAUGGUCAGCACUUAUGGCAGCGUGAGUCAUCUGUGUGUCUGGGGAAAAGUUCUGUAGUUGUCUCUAUCUGUCUGAAAUUAUCUGUACAGGUACGUUGCCUUUGAAAAACCUUGAAUCUAUACAGUACAUUUGGUCUGGUGAUGUCAUGUUUAAAUUAUUUUCUUUGACUGAUCUCUAUUGGGAACUGGCUGUAGUACUUGUUUGUCUGGUAGAUGUUUCAGACUCUUGCUGGUAGUGUGUAAAACAGUAUGGAAUUGUUCUGAUGUUAUCUUUGGACAUCUGCCAUGGUUUACAUGCAGUAUGUUGGCAAUCAUUCUGCAGUUAAGUUCUAUAGGACAAACUACAUUAAAGUUAUUGAACAUCAGUUAAAUUAGCAAAAUUUAUUUCAAAAGUGAAUACAUUGGCCAUAUCCAUAAAGCCUGAACUGGAAACCACAGGCUAAUACAUAACAUUGACUGGCUAUUAUUCUGAUAAAAGGAGGUACAAUAUAUUCUACAUGUGAUGGCUGUUUGCCAGUGACAUGAAGAGUAAACAGUAGCCAAGCAAAAAGGCCAGCUUGAAAAAGAAUAUGCUAGUUUGACUGCAUACAAGGUAAAUGGCAUUGAGCAGUCUUUUCCUGAAGGUCCCCUUUACUCUCACAGUAAUACUACUUAACAUGUAGAGCGCAGACAGAGCAGCUGAGGGAGUUAAUAAAACCAGUCAUACUAUUGCCACCUUGUAAUAUGCUUCUGCCCCUUCACCAGCUCCCAAGCAAACAGACGCUCACACAGCACUGCAUAUACAUGUAAAUAAGUGUAUAUGCAUACCAGUGUCUGUAGGCAUGUCUUAUGUAUUCUGCAUCUUUCCAUGUCGGGACUGAAGGUUGCUGUUUAUUUACGUAAUAUGAAUAUACAAAUAUAUACAAAUGUAUGUGCCAAAUCCAGUCCUUGUUCAGUCUCAUCCAUUCCGAACCCAUGUUUGUACUGUAGGAAACCUUCUGUACAAAACAGUGUUAAAUAUUGUUUCUCUCUGAUAGUCCCUUGUAACUGGUGCCAUUAAACUACUCAAACUUGAAAUAAACAUUGGAUAAAAAUGUAAAGUGGA